AUGGAUAGAGUGUUAGCUUGGAAUGUCAGGGGCCUAAACUCAAUACAGAAACAGAAUGAGGUGAAUCACUUUAUUCAGAAGUAUGCAGUGGGUUUGGUGGGGCUCCUAGAAUAUAAGGUGAAGCUCUCUAAUCUAGGGAAGCUUUAUCAGAAAGUUUUUGUAAAUUGGUGCUUUACUAGCAACUCUAGCUAUCACUCUGGUGGUAGGAUAGUUGUAGCCUGGAAGGUUGGUUGCUUCACAGUUAACAUUGUUGCUGCAUCCAGUCAGUUUGUUCAUUGCCAUGUUACUCCUGUAAGUGGUAGGAAACCCUUUUAUUGCACUUUUGUUUAUGCUUUUAAUGAUGCUGGUAUGAGACAAGAUCUAUGGAGGGAUUUGUUGUUGCUUAACACUCAAGAACCCUGGAUUGUGUGUGGGGAUUUCAACUGUGUUAUGGCAUUAGAUAAGAGAAUUGGAGCUCCUAUCAGACAUAGAGAUAUUGUGGAUGUGAGUAACUGUAUGCAUGCAUGUGGUAUGGAGGACAUUAAGCGUGUGGGUAAUAUUUUCACCUGGAACAACAAGCAACAAGGUAACAACAUGGUUUUUUCAAUAAUUGAUAGAUUUUUGGCUAAUCAUGCUUGGCAAACUUGCUUUCCUGUUGCUGAAGUGUGUUUUAUGCCAGAAGGUCUUUUUGAUCACUCUCCUGGUCUUCUUUCUGUGUAUCCCAGAGAUGAUGGAGGGAAGAAACCAUUCAAGUAUUUUACUAUGGGGAAGUCUUCACCUGUGUUUUCUGAAAUUGUUCAGCAGGCUUGGAAUACUCAGUUUAUUGGCACUAAAAUGUUCAUUUUGAUUAAUAAACUGAAAAAAGUUAAACUGGCUCUUAAAGAGUUGAAUAAAGUAGGUUUUACAGAUAUUCAAGCAGCAGAUUUGAGAGCUUAUCAGACUAUGUUGAGUGCACAAACUGCCAUGCAUAAUAAUCCUUCUGAUCAAAGUUUUGCAGAUGCAAAGUUGAUUGCAAUUCAGGAUUAUAAGGAGAAACAUAAUGCUUAUUUGGCUUUCCUCAGUCAGAAAGCAAAAUUGUCUUGGCUUAAAGAUGGAGAUGAGAAUACUUCCCUUUUUCAUCAGAGUAUCAAGACUAGGAAGUUACAGAAUCAAGUAUAUAGCAUUUAUGAUAUGCAAGGAGAAUGGAAAGAUACAGCUGAUGGGGUGUCUCAAACUUUCUUGGAUUAUUAUAAAGUGCUCCUAGGUAGUACUUCUGAUAAUAGAACACCAGUAAACAAGGAGGUGGUGCAGCAGGGGCCAGUCUGUUUGGAUCAUCAUAAAGCUAUACUCAAUGCUCCUUAUACAGCAGAUGAAGUUAAGAAAGCUCUUUUCUCUAUUCCAGGUAUUAAAGCUCCUGGUCCAGAUGGUUUUGGUUCUUAUUUUUACAAAGAUGCUUGGCAUAUUGUUGGGGAUGAAGUCAUUGCAGCCAUUCUUGAUAUGUUACAGCAAGGAAGAAUCUUGAAGGAGGUGAACCACACUGUGAUUACUCUUAUUCCCAAGACUAAAGGAUGUGAAUGA